CGUGAAUUCCCCCUUUAAUUCACAACAGUACAUGUCAUGGAAAUCUUCAUAGGUGUCAAAAAAUAGUAUUUCGUUUACUAACAUCAGCUGAAAAGCCAACAUUGGCUGUUAGUACAUGAGACAUUAACCUGCACAAUUCACAAUCAUUGCAAGCGACAUCCAUGCCAUGACCGUUCUUUCUCCUGCUUUGUUCCUAACGCAUGCAGACCGGACCCCUGAACUGCAGGCUACACACGGGGGUUCCGGUCCUCCAACGGUUUUUCGCCGGCGACGACACCAGGGAGGACUUCAGGCUGAGCCGAGAGUCCCUGGCAGUGCUGCUGGACCUCCUCCAUCAGGACCGGAGGCAUGGAUGGGGCGCCACAAUAGAGACUUUGGUUCUCCUCUUUUGGCUGGCCAGUGGGACAUCAUACCGGGUGGUCUCAAGGGUGUUUGGGAUGCCCCGCUCCACUGUCCACCGCAUCGUCCACCGAGUUACGGAGGAGGUAGUGGCCAUUCGCCACAGGGUCAUCUACCUCCCGAGGUCCGCUGACGACCUGGCGGCCGUAACUCGGGGGUUUGCAGGGCUGGCUAGGCACCGCUCUUUUCUCAAAGCUGCCGGUGCAAUCGACGGCUGCCAUGUCAGAAUUAAGCCACCAAGCGGUCCUGAUGGUCACUGCUACAUAAACAGGAAACUGUUUGCAUCAGUCAUUAUGCAAGCAGUCUGUGACCAUCAGGGCCGCUUUAUUGACACCUACGUGGGCUGGCCGGGGUCUGUGCAUGACGCAAGGGUACUCCGGCACAGCCCACUGUACAGGCAGAACAUCUACCCUCCUCCAGGGCAUUUCAUUCUGGCAGACAGCGGGUACCCAUGCCUCCAGCACCCACUCCCCCUCAUCACUCCCUACAGGCUGCAGGUGCGAGGUGUGGCGGCCCAGCGCUUUAACGGGCAUCAUGCCAGGGCACGCUCUAUAAUUGAGCGUGCCUUUGGCAUGAUGAAGACCCGAUUUCGAGCCAUCUUUUUUAAAGCGCUGGAGAUCCGCCACACCUUCGUGCCACAGGUACGUCAUCCCUGCACACAAUAUUUUUGUUAUACUUGAAUAUAUAUAAAUUAAUGAAUUAAAUAAAAAAAACCACGAAAACUUAUUAUAUAUUAUUAUACUUAUAUUGUUAUAUUUUUUUAUUUAUUAAAGGUCUACAUACUUUAUGUUCAUAUAAAUAUUCCUCUAAAAUUCAGGUCAUCACCGCUUGUGCCGUCCUGCACAAUAUCUGCCUGGGUGCCGGUGACAUCAUGGCACCAGAGGAAGAUGUGCAGGACGGCAUGCCGGGGGAUGAGGUGGAGGACAGGCUGGAGGCAGUCAGUGGUGCCCGCUGGCGGGACAGAUUGUCCGCAGAGGUGUCGGCCCUGGAGGAGGUAGACCACGACCACGUCUACCUGUAAUCGGCAAGUACAAUUCAUCUAAAGUUUCUCCUCUGUGUGCCACAGAAUGUUUGUUGGUUACUGAUCAGCUUUUUAGACCUCAGAAGAUGCGACUUAAAAAUUGUUGGACUCUGUUAGCCUACUAUUGUUUCUCUCUUUAAAACAGGCAUGGCAGCCGUCGAACCAGCCCUGCAAACCCGGACGAUGUGGAGGACAGUGGAGACAUGCAUCCAAAACACCCAGACCACCCACAUGAUGUCCCACUGCCAGCAGACACCAGAGUCUCUAUUGUGGUGUCCCAUCCAGCCCAGCAGCACUGCCAGAGACUCCUGCUCAGCCUGGAGGAGGCACCAUGGGAGGGCAGGCAAUAGCCCAGAUGUCCUGAGUUUGUUAAGUUCUGUUUAUACAGUGGUGCCUGUUUGAGUUAGCGUUUUGUCAAUGUUUAAAUCCGCCAAGGAGGUUAUGUUUUUGGUAGCGUUGGUUUGUUUAUUUGUUUGUCUGUUAGCAACUUUACGGAGAAACUUACAGACGGAUUGACCUGAAAUUUUCACCAGAGGUGCGUCUCAGCCCCAGGAGGAUCCCAUUACAUUUUGGUGGUGAUCCGGAUCGCCUUCUGGAUUGUUAGAGUAAUGUGUAUAAAAGUUUAUAGAAAUAAUCAGUAGCUUUAAAUGCCUUUACCUUUUGCUUCCUAACACAUGAGCAGACACUUGUGUGUUUUUCUUACAUCUCUGAGCUUGCCUUCUUCCAGUAAGCAGAUAAGCAGAUGGGUACCUGUCUCCGCUGUGAACAGUUAACCACCACAAAGGAGACUGAAAUGUCAGCGGUCACCUUGACAUCUACAGAAGAAGUCUGCACAUGCUUACUCUAGUAUAAUUAUGUGUUAUGAAAGUGCUUACGCUGCUGCAGAUUGUUUCCCCACCCUUUAGUGUAUGCAGCGUUUUGUAACUAGGGACCACCCUAAGGAUAAUGAAAAGCGAG